CGGAAGCGGCGGGCCCGGCGCGGCGCUGCCGGAGGCGCGGAGCGGCCCCGUGCGACCCCCCCCCGACCCCCGGGACCCCUCCGGGACCCCCCUCCCUGACCCCCCACCCCGACCCCCGGGACCCGGCCCCGGCCUCGGCCGCGGCCCCUCCCGCGGGACACGGCGCCAUGAUGCGCUUCAUGCUGCUGUUCAGCCGCCAAGGGAAGCUCAGGCUGCAGAAGUGGUACCUGGCCACGGCCGACAAGGACAAGAAGAAAAUGGUUCGGGAGCUGAUGCAGGUGGUGCUGGCCAGGAAACCCAAGAUGUGCAGUUUCCUUGAGUGGAGGGACCUCAAAGUGGUCUACAAGAGGUACGCCAGCCUCUAUUUCUGCUGCGCCAUCGAGGGCCAGGACAACGAGCUGAUCACGCUGGAGCUGAUCCAUCGCUACGUGGAGCUGCUGGACAAGUACUUCGGCAGUGUGUGCGAGCUGGACAUCAUCUUCAACUUCGAGAAGGCGUACUUCAUCCUGGACGAGUUCGUCAUGGGCGGCGAGAUCCAGGACACCUCCAAGAAGAGCGUGCUCAAGGCCAUCGAGCAGGCCGACCUGCUGCAGGAGGAGGACGAAUCCCCCCGGAGCGUCCUGGAGGAAAUGGGGCUGGCGUAGCCCCCCCCCCCAAAAAAAAAUAAAAAUAAAAAUAAAUUUGGGGUGGGGGAGGGGUCAGACCCC